CAGGCAGGCACACGCCGCCGCUGGCAGGCGGCCGGGGCUGCGCGGCGGCGGGCGGAGCGGCGCGGCACCAGCGGCACACGCGGCGGCUCCCCCUUUGCGCAGCCCCGCCGGGCAUGGCCGCCCCGCGGUAGCCACAACGACCGCCGAGUCGCCGAGGUGUUCAUCUCGGUGGGGCCACACUGACCAUGCUCAGGAGCUUCUGUCUCCAGCUCAUGUCCUUGGUUUGGAUACUCUUGGCCCAUCACCAGCUUGCCCAAGGUGAUGACUGCAGUGAACGCUGUAAUCUUGCCCAUGGCGGAUGUGACCAGGAUGGGAAGUGCAGGUGUGAUCCAGGCUGGGAGGGCGAGUACUGCGAGGAGUGCGUGCGUAUGCCGGGGUGUCUCCAUGGGACAUGCCACCAGCCUUGGCAGUGCAUCUGUCACACCGGCUGGGCUGGCAAGUUCUGUGAUAAAGACAUACACAUCUGCGAACACCAGUCCCCGUGCCAAAAUGGGGCUCAGUGCAUCUACGACCGAGAUGGGGAAUAUUCCUGCCUGUGUCCAGAAGGCUUCCAUGGGAAGGACUGUGAGAUGAAGAUUGGGCCAUGUGAGAAGGCAGGGUCUCCAUGCAAGAAUGGAGGGCAGUGUCAAGAUGAAAACGGCUUUGCCAGCAACUUCACCUGCCGAUGCCUUGCUGGCUUCGUGGGGGCUCUCUGCGAGAACGAUGUGGAUGACUGCUUGAUGCGUCCCUGUGCCAAUGGUGCCACAUGCCAUGAUGGGAUCAACCGCUUCUCCUGCCAGUGCCAGGUGGGCUUUGAAGGGCGUUUCUGCACCAUCAAUAUCAAUGACUGCGCCAGCCAGCCGUGCAAAAAUGGGGCAAAGUGCUACGACCGCAUCAAUGACUACGACUGCCUGUGUCCUGACCGUUUUACUGGCAAAACCUGUGAGAUUUCCAUCCCCGAGCCCACCUGGGCUGCACCCUACCACCCUGCAAACCAUGAGAACGGUGGCGUGGUGAAAAGCACUGCUAGCGAGAUGCUCGCAGUGACACAGCCAGAGCCUGUCAGGACCGUGGUCACAGGGCGACGUAUGGCCAACCACAGCGAGAAAGAGCCGGGGGGAGGGUUAUUGAAAAUCUCUGUGAAAGAGGUGGUGACCCAAAGGGACUCAGGGCUGACUGAAGCCCAGCUGGUGACAGUGCUGGUCUUUGGGGUGCUGACAGCAGUGCUGGUCCUCAUCACUGUCCUGCUAAUACUGAGGAACUGGCAGAGGGGCCGUCAGAGGUCAAACUGGUGCCAAAGCCCUUUGCAGGCUGCAAGAAAGCUCCAAGACCAGGAGUGUCAGGUGGGCAUGCUCAACACCGUCCUGAUCGAGCCCAGGAAGACGACGGAGCUAUGAGCUGUGAGGACUCUGAGCCAGGCCCUUGGCAGGUCAUUGUGCUGGCAAACCCCUCGAACUGCAACCCUGGGGAGCUGUGCUGGCACAAGCUGGGCAGUGGGGAAGGGCUCCCGGAGCAGCAAAAGCAUCAAUGGAAGCCUGCAGCAUCGAGUGUUGGUGCGAUGGCUCCACUUGAGUCUGAGCCGUCUCCCACUCAGCCGGGGCAGCCAGCACCCAAAGGUAUCCAAAAGCAGGGUGGUGUUGGGUCAGCCCUGCAGGGGAGCAGUGAUGUGACACUUGUGGCAGCCCAUAGUGCGCAGAACCAGCACUGCCUGACAUGCGCUGAUGUGAGCUCUCAGAAGCAGGAUGGGUAGUGCUGCGAGGAGAACACAGCUUUCUUGCAAGCCAAAGUUCUGCCAGGCCUUGUGUAACUCCUCUCUGUGACUACUGGAAGGGGCUUUUCCCUCUCGUUUAUGCUGGUGUUGGGAUGUUUCUUCUGCAGUCUUCGGGACAGUUGUGGCUACAAGGGUUUCCCUGCUCCAGUACUGGAUGGGGUGGCUUCUGGCUGUUUCUGGAUGCUGUCAUGUCAGAUGCCAUGUCUUUAGGGAGCAAGGGCUUCUUCUUCUCCUGGCCUUGUGGUUUGGUGAGCCAGUUUGAAGAGACUCUAGAGAUCAUUUGGGGUCUCUUCAUGCCCUUCUUCUGCCCUGGGUGAUGCCCCUUCCUCUGGCUGUCAAACUUACAGUUACAAACACGUUCUAUACUUUCCUCCUGAUAAUCCAGGAGUCUUCUCCCUCCACUUACUGAGCCGUCCUUUCUGGUCUUGAUGCAAAUGGCAAAACUAUUCCCCUCUCCAGCAUGCACUUCCGCUUCACCAUUUCUUGACAGGAAGGAGCAUAGCUUGCUCCCCUCUGGGGUCCUCAGGGCCUGAGCUGGUCCUUCUGAUGUGCCCUCGCAGGUGACACUGGAGAUGUGCUGCAGCUGGUUCAGGAGCGAUAAGAGAUCCAAACCCUCCUUUCCUCUCCCAGUCAUUCCAAGGCAGGCAACUGGCACUAACCUCAAGUCAGCCAUCAUAUAGUUUCUUGAUACAAGAAAGACUGAGCUCCUGUUUUGUCAACGACUCCCCACAAUGGGCGUGAGGACAGGCCAGCGAGCCUGGGGUGCCCAUAGGAAGCAGAAAUAGCACUGCCUUCUCCACCAUUGCUAAAGCAUAGCCAAGAGGUAGUAGACAGCCAGGUCACUUAGCCUUUGAACUAGGGCUGCUUCUGCCAGCGCUGGUGUGAUGUGCAGCAAUUGGUGUCUCUGCCAGGGCCAGGAUUUUUCAUGCCUCCUCUUGGUUACAGAGGGCUAAGCAGUGGGGUAACCCCUGACCACCAGCAGCCCAAACCCUACUACUGGCCUGUGGGGCUGAGAGCUGGGUGCAACACGGUGUGAAGAGAGUUAACAGAGCAGUGAGCACUCAGCCAGGAGGGAGAAUUGGGAGAGGGAACUGGGGCUUCAUCAGAAAGAUUAUAUUUUUAAUACAUUGAUGGAUGAUGUACCUUUAUCAAAUAAAACAAAUGCAAGCCCAGAAACAGCGUAUCAGAGAAUCGUAAAAUAAUUUCUAUUGGAAGGGACCUCUGGAGAACAACCUCCUGCCCCAGCAGAUCUAAUUAGAUCAGGUCACUCAGUGACUUUUUUGGAUGAAUACCUCCGUUACUUCCCUCAAGAAUGCAAACCCAGAUUGUGACAUAGGACCUCAUACUCUGGCUGCAGGAGGAGAUGACUCCCACAUCCUCAAGGGAAGGAAUGAAACCUGCCUCACGAGAGCAUAGCAAAGGUGUGUACCUGCUAGGUGUUGCCUCAGUGCUGGGGAGAAAGAAAACCACAGACUGAGUCCAACGAUGCCCAUGGGA